UUUGAUCCUUAUUUUCUACGAAAAAUAUAUUAUUUUUUCGUGUAAAAGGAUGCGAAUCAAGAAAUAAUAUAAAUAUCGCCUUUUUUUGCAAAUUAAUCGACGCAAUUACGAUUUUGCAAUAAUAAUAUGGAAACGUAUUGUAAUAAUAAAGGCAUAACAAACAAUUCCAAGAAAUCCACUUGUUUAUAAAUAAAUAUAGUGUCGAUGACUGUGCCAAUAAAACUAUAAAAAGUAAAAAUAAAGAUUUUCUUGAAAAAGCACUUCCUACGCAAAUUUCCAACAGCCUUUUUGUAAGUAAGUGGGUGCUCAGGCACAAUUUGUUUCAUAGAGAUUGAAUAUUGUGUGAAAAAUUUGGAAAAUCAACAAUGACAAGUUCUCCGUCCUCGGAGGACAGCGAGGAAUUGUACGAUGCAUUGGCAGAGGAAUUGAAAAAUAUACAACUGGUUAUACGAGUGACAAGAGAAAAUAUAGAUGCUCUCAAUGCGAAAUUUGCGAAUCUGCAGGAGCCACCACCCAUGUACAUUGCCGAGUAUCAGGAAUUAACGUCAAAGUUACAUGAGUUGGAGGCCAAAGAGACUGAAUUGGAGGAAAAACGUUUACAGCAGCAACAAACAUACAAUGAGUCGCACUAUGAGAACCGCCAGCAAAUACAAAUGCAGCAGUUGCUUGCAAGGCCGCUCGAUCAUGGAAACGACAUGACUGACAGCUUAAUUUCAUCGCAGAGUACCAACUAUGGAGGUAGUCAGUGCAGUACAUUGCCGCGACAGCGCAAGGUUCUGCUCAGAGCGCACUUGCCCAACCAACAGAGAACCUCCGUUGAAGUUGUGCCUGGUGUAAGGUUAUGUGAUGCUUUAUUGAAGGCGUUGAAAUUGCGUCAAUUGACGCCUGAAAUGUGUGAAAUAACAACGUCGGAAAAUGGACGCAACACUAUACCGUGGCAGACGGACAUUGGUAGUUUACAGGUGGAAGAAAUUUUUGUGAAACUGGUGGACAAAUGCCCGAUUAUGACGCAUAUAUCCCAUCAGUUUAUAAGGAAGACUUUCUUUUCGCUGGCCUUUUGUGAGUGUUGUCGCAGAUUACUAUUUACAGGCUUCUAUUGCAAUCAGUGUAACUUUCGGUUUCAUCAAAGAUGCUACGACAAGGUGCCCACACUUUGUCAACAAUUUCCGGUAGAUAGUUACUAUCAGCGUUUACUGGCACAAAAUCCAGAAAAUGCUGUAGGCAUUAUACAUCCUGGCCGGGGAAUGAUUAGUGACUUUUCGAGUCGCCAUCCCCGUUCUAUAAGUCAACAGGAUCGUUCUAAUUCAGCUCCAAAUGUUUAUAUUAAUAAUAUCAAACCUCUAACUGAGGCCCAAUGCAAAUUGAUCCAGUCCCAUGGACCUUUACAACAUUCGGGAGAUCAUUCCAAUUCAACGCAGGCCUCUCCCACUAGCACCCUAAAGCAUGUUAAACGGGAAAGAGCUCGUUCUGCAGACGAGAGUAACAAAAAUCUUUUAUCGUCUAGAGACAAUCGCACUUCAGAAGAAAACUGGAACAUUCAAGCUGAAGAAAUCUUAAUAGGACCUCGUAUUGGUUCCGGCUCUUUUGGAACGGUAUAUAAAGCUCAUUGGCAUGGUCCUGUGGCGGUGAAAACUCUUAAUGUAAAAACACCCAGUUUAGCACAACUACAAGCAUUUAAAAACGAGGUGGCCAUGUUGAAAAAAACCAGACAUUGCAACAUUUUGUUGUUCAUGGGAUGUGUAUCCAAACCGUCUUUGGCCAUCGUGACGCAGUGGUGUGAAGGCAGUAGUUUGUACAAACACAUACAUGUCAAAGAAACCAAAUUCAAACUAAAAACUCUAAUUGACAUCGGGCGACAAGUAGCUCAGGGUAUGGACUAUUUGCAUGCUAAAAAUAUCAUACACAGAGAUUUAAAAUCCAACAAUAUUUUCUUACAAGAUGAAUACUCCGUUAAAAUAGGAGACUUUGGUUUGGCCACUGCGAAAACUAGAUGGUCUGGGGAAAAACAAGCGAAUCAACCAACAGGCAGCAUACUAUGGAUGGCACCCGAGGUUAUACGUAUGCAAGAACAGAAUCCGUAUUCAUUUCAAUCUGAUGUUUAUGCCUUCGGCAUAGUGCUCUACGAAUUACUGGCAGAAUGCCUGCCCUACAGUCAUAUCAAUAAUAAAGAUCAGAUUUUAUUCAUGGUAGGUCGAGGAUUGUUAAAACCCGACAUGACAAGAAUACGAUCAGAUGCUCCUCAAGCUCUGAUGCGUCUUACCGAGGAUUGCAUUAAGUGUGACCGAAAUCAAAGACCAUUAUUCCGUUUGUUACUCAAUAUGCUUGAGUAUAUAUGGCGUACUUUGCCCAAACUGAAUCGCAGUGCAAGCGACUCUACACUAAUUCAAACCCAAUUGCACCAUGACGACUUAAUAUAUCCCUGCUCCAGCCCCAAAACGCCGGUUAAUUUCAAUAGUUUCCAAUACUAUCAUAGUGCUGGUAAUAUCUAGCGAUGCUGAUCCGUUACUACACUUGUGAUAAAACGAAUUUGAAUCAUAGAUAACACUACUUUAUAAUAAACUAAAGAUAAACCAGAGGAAGGGAAUGAAAGUGAGUGAUGAAAAAAGCUUUUAAAACAUAAAUUGAUUAAAGUGAAAUAAGCAAUUGAAUUGCUUAAAGUAAUUAAUUAAUAAUGUAAGAUACGUGAGGAUCUAACAAACUACAUAAAUAGAUACAUACUUAUACAUACAUAUUGUGUAAAUACUAACAAAUAAACAGAAGAAGUAUUUGAAACCCUUUAAACGAAAAACUAAUUGUUUGAAGGUUCAAAAGAUUUUUUAUUUAACAUUAUCCUUUUGAAACUCAAAUCAAAAUAUUAGAUGCCUCCAUUUUUAGUAUUUUAGCAAAACAAAUAAAUAAAUGAAAGAUUAGAAUCUAAACCAUAACUUGACGUUGUUAACUCUUGUACGACUCUAACUACACUAAUAAACUACAUACAUAUGUACAUACAAACAUAUACAUAUGUACAUACAUACAUAUACUUAUUUCUAAAAUGUAAUUACAUAUAUUUUUUAAUGUCCACACUUUACUUUUGAUUUAAAUAAUUUAUAUAAAAUGUCUCCUGCCUAUUGUUCAAUUAAUUUAUUACGUUUUCUCGGUUUUUUAUUCGUUUUUCUAAGAAUAAAGUUAUUUGUAAUUUUUACAUACAUAUUUUCCUUUUUAUAUAGAAAUAUACAAACAAAUAUAUACACACAAUAUAUAUUUUAAUCUCAAGUUUUGAAAAGAGCUCUAAUUAAAUAGUUGACUAAUAUAUAAAAACAAAUAAAAAAUAUUAAAUCAUGUAAAUUAAAUUAUUAAUAAAUAAAAAUAAACAAGAAACAAA